UGAUGGUGCAUGAGUUUGAGGAUGAACACGAUUUUGCCGUUAAAUGUACAGUUCGAUUUCUAUCAGUGGAACAAACAAGCAACUGUCAAACGAAAAAUCAGAAUCAAAACAACCUCCGUUUAUCUCGAUCUCGACUCAUCAUUCGGUCUGAUUUGGAUUAUAAUAAAGAAAAGUUGUUACAUAUGUAAACUGGGCCCGUAAAGUGAUUGUGAAUUAAACUAUUUUCUCGCUACAUAAUGGCACUUUCCAACGUGCUAAUUCUGAGCCAGGUGGCGGGCCAUGUUAUUGCUCUGAUCUUAUCUUUGUGCUUGUUCAUUCCACUAUCAAUGCAUGUCCAUUCCUUCAACGGUCAUUGCUUGCUGUUUGCCACCGGAGCUUGGCAGGAAAAUGAUGGCCUGUUCGAUGUUAAGUGGGCUUCAGAGGCUUAUUGCAACUAUCCUAUUUUGGUUGGCGUUGCCCUAUUCGUGAUAGCCGGAAUGCAAAUCUAUCGCUUGUCAAUUUUGGUGUACCGAGAGUUGGACAGCUCAUUUCUGGCGCUCUUUUUCGAUGUUGUCUUCAGUAUCAGUCUAUGCGCGAUGUCCAUUGUGGCAGCCAUCAUUAUUACUUUGGGCUUCAUGACCUGGUGUGGAGAUAUGACCGAACGUUUCCCAUCUUGCGAAAUUGCCGAUGGCCAAAACAUUACCAAAGUUGAGAUGAAUAUUCAAACAUCUGGAUUCUACAUCGAGUUGGGAACAGCCCAGUUCGGUGCUUGGGCAUCAUUCGCCACGUGGGUUGGAUUGUCCGUAUUCUCCCUACUCAAACUGAUUAAUAACCAUCAGCUCCGAAACAUGAAGGUGUCCAUGUAUAUCGAGCGCCAACGGUUAGUUAACGAGGAUGUCUACCGUGGCACGACUUCGGAACUACCAUCAAGCGCGGCUGGCGCUUCCCUUUCUUCUGGAGAAAGUCAAAACGAUUGAGAAGCCAGCUGAACAGAGAAAAAUUUUGAAAAAUAUCACGGUUCAACUUUGUGGUUGCUUAGUCUCGAUUUUUCUCCCCGGAUGCUGCUUUAAACUAUAUAACAUAGACAAGGCUACAACACACCAUAAACUAUAGUUGCUGGUCAAUUCGGACUAAAAGACACGAGACAAGAACCAAACUGGUGCUUUGAAAAAUUUGGAUCGGAUUGUUUAACCAAGCGUAAAACUUUUCGCAACGGAAUGUGAAACAUUUUUAAUUUUAAGUAAGUACCUACUCAUACAUCAUCCGAAAAAGAAAACGAACGUGCUGUGGUUUACUGAUAUGUGUGAAAUUUACUCUUACAAACAAAUAUUAUUUGCUCUGUCAUUGUUUUAUGUAUAACCUAUUUAAAUAAACAAAUCAUAUAAAAUAACUUA